UGCGCCCAGCAAGAACUGCACACAAGCCUCGAAAUCAGCCUUUAUUAUAAUGGCUGUUACUAUGCUUCGAGCCCCAUGCGGGGCGCUUCACGUCGCACGUCGCUCGUCGGUGGUCCACACGCUUGCGCCGCGGUUGCCCCUUUGCCAAAGGCGCAGCAGUGCGGUUUGUGUGCGCGCAUCUGCUGAACCUCAAGCGCCAGCUAAAGCCGCUGAAGCGACUGAACCCGUGGAAUAUGUCGAGGAUAAGGAGUUCAACAUCUCAAAGGUGUCAUUCGGCUCCAUUCUCACACCAGUCGGGCUGGGUCUGCUGUUUUGGGGCUUCGGCGCCUACAUUACGGUGCUGCCAGGCGCCGAUUUAUCAUCAAUCUUCCUCAUCUACGGCUUCCCAAUCAGCCUGCUGGGCUUCGCACUGAGCUACGCCAAGCUGGAGCCGGUGCCCUGCCGCACCACCCGCGCCGCCCUCGCGCUGCGCGACUCCCAGGCCACCGACAUCCAGCGCCAGGUGCGGGAGGACGUGACGCGCUUCCGCUACGGCGACGAGGCGCACCUGGAGGAGGCACUCGCGCGGGUGUUCAAGCCAGGCCGGCCGGGCGGACUGUCCAAGAAGGACCUGCCGGUGCUGCAAGGCAUCCGCGAGGAGGUUGCGGAGGGCGGGCGCUACAGCCUGGUGCUGGAGUUCUCCUCCGGCUUGGAGCUGGCGCGCUGGGAGCCCUUCCAGCCCAAGCUGCAGUCCUUCUUCGGCCCGGGUGUGGAGGCGCGGCUGGCCAAGACGGCCGCCGGGGUGGACGUGGCGCUGGUGUGCGACGGCAGUGGCGCGGGGCGGGGCGGCGGGCAGAAGAAGGACGUGCUGCCGCCGCUGAUGCCGGGGCUAAAGGCGCGGCAGCAGGAGUGAGAGAAAAAAGAAAGACCAAUGUGUGGAGUGAGGGGGGGGAGCGGGAACGCAUGGGGAGGAUGCACGGGGGGAGAGGCAGGAGGGGGGAUGCUAACCAGGAGGCUGGAGGUUAAACUGGGAGCGGGUUGAGGGGUUAUGGGUCGUGUGGAUGCCGGGCGGUGUGCAGAUGGAAACAGGUGGGUUAAGAGAACUGGCCGCGAGGCGAAACGUACUGUGUGUACCGUACACAGUGAACGCGUGUGUGUACACUCCGGGAGAGGGCAGGGGUUGCACGGAUAGGGCGGGUGUGAUCUGGCAAAAGGGCUGUGGUUUGGUGGAGGCGAGUGAAACGAAGGGCCCGAGCGGGGAGACGCGCUUUCCAAGACACCCAUCCUGCCCAUCCUGUACGGCACUACGUUCUGCCGCACUGGGGAAAUGCACGCGGCGUUGGAACAACCGCGGCAUGUGCACGCGACGGGUACAAACCCGGGGAGUUUUGCUGGUGCCUUGCACAGUGUGGUAAGAAAACUGGCGCAGUGUGCGUGUGCUUUGAUGCGCCGAGCUGAAGAUGGGGUUUACUGUGUGCGCGAGAUGAG